UUCAACCACCCUUGGACUCAGCUCUUGGCUAUGUUGUUUAUUGUGUACAGUUUGUGUAAUUGUGUUGAACGUUCGUUAAGUUCGUUUUAACCGUCUCGCAAUUCGCAAUUCGCGUCGUCGCAUGUCAGAUAAAAUUUGUAUCAAGUCGGAGUUUUGCAGGUUAGCUUGCGGGAAUGCGAAAAUAUUUAUGUUUAUAUUGCAGUGAAAGAAAAUACUUGUAAAGCUCAAAAAUGGUAGAGACGCAGACUCUGCCGCCCGUCAAAACAAAUAAUCCAGCUCCUACAGUAGAGCAGAUCAACGCGGACCGGAUAACGCAGCUCGCGAACAAAUACUGGGCACCGCACACCGCCGAGUCCCAUCUACCUUUCAGCGCCCAGGUCGUCGAUGACAUCUACGUCGAGGAGAUAUGCGUUUCCAAGUUUUCGAUCCGGCGCAUCAUGAUGCUGGAGUUUAGUCAGUAUUUGGAGAAAUAUUUGUGGCCAAAUUACAAUGCUGAGAAGGCAACGCGGGCGCACACAAUGUCCAUCGUCGUUAUGGUUAACGAAAAGUUUCGUGAACGGGUUCAAGUGUGGGAGGCCUUUGAAAGGCUGCCGAAUCAGUUUCCCGGAUUUUUCAAGCACGUCCUUGAAGCAUGCCUGGAGGACAGUAUACAUGAUUACGACCUAAAAGAACAGACGGCUCUCGUAGUCUUUCUGAAUCAUUGUUUCAAUUCGAUGGAAGUUGUUCUUGUGAGGGAACAGGUCCGGAGACUUGUGUCCAUUGGCAUUUGGAUAUCUUUGCAACAGGGUAGGAGGGAGCUUGAGUUCAAAAAGUAUCCCAUGUGGAAGAAAAUGUGGAAGGCCAUUCUAAAGAAGGACAAGUCAGAGAACAAGGAAAAAUUGGAAUGGGAGCGCAAAUUUUUACACAGAUUAAUGAUCAAGUAUAUGACGAUCUUGGAAACCAUUCCCUUGGAAGGUCAAGUGAUUCCGGAUAAAGUUCAUUAUUGUGAAAGAUUUUUGGAGCUGAUGAUAGAUUUGGAAGCUCUUUUACCGACCAGAAGAUAUUUCAAUACCUUGCUUGAUGAUUGUCACUUGGUAGUUAGAUGUCAACUGUCCAAUCUAUUGUAUAGGCCAGAUGGUGGAUUAUUUAAACAGUUGCUCGAGAUGCUAAAGUUCUACGCCAGAUUCGAGAUUAGCGAAGAGACCGGAGAUCCCCUGACCGACCACGACAUGACGCAGCUCCACUACUCGAAAAUAACGUCACUGCAGAAAGCUGCGUUCGCCAAAUUCCCCGAUCUACGUUCGUUUGCGCUCGCAAACGUGGCCAGCGUCGACACCCGGGACUCCCUCAACAAUCACUUUGGCCCCCUCAGCCAGGAGAAACUGAAAGCUAUCGCGAGCUACUUGAACCUGGUACCGCCGAAGGAGCGCGAGAGCUAUGAGAACUGGUACAGGCUGGACAUGGACUUCCUGCGCGAGUUGCUCAUAUCGAGACACGAGAGGCGAGCGUCGCAGCUGGAGAAGUUGAACGUGAUGCCGCUUUACCCUACAGAGGAUAUCAUCUGGAACGAGAGCAUCGUGCCCACCGAGUACUUCUCGGGCGAGGGUUGUCUCGCCCUGCCCAAACUUAAUUUGCAGUUCCUGACGCUCCACGAUUAUCUUCUCAGAAACUUUAAUCUGUUCCGGUUGGAGUCCACGUACGAGAUCCGACAGGAUAUCGAAGAUGCGGUUAGCCGACUCAGCCCCUGGCGAGCCGAGGAUGGUGAAGUGUACUUUGGCGGCUGGGCGCGAAUGGCACAGCCGAUUACGCAGUUCGCGGUGGUGGAGGUCAUCCAGCCGCACAUAUGCGAGAGAAGAUCGCCCCGCGUGCGCGCUGAAAUUACCGUCAACCUCAACGUGAGAAAAGAAAUCAAAUCUGAGUGGGAGAACCUCAGAAAGCAUGACGUCUGCUUCUUAAUAACCGUCAAGCCGCAAAAUACGAUAGGCACCAAGUACAACCAUAAACUGCCAUUUGUACCCCAAGUUGGUUUGACAACAGUGCGAGGUUGUGAGGUAGAGGGCAUGUUGGAUUCAAAUGGCCGAGUGAUAGAAGAUGGUCCCGAACCGAGACCAAUUUUACCAGGGGAUACGCGUACCUACCGUGUCUGGCUGGAUUCCAAUCAGUAUUUCAUAGAUAAUGCAAAUGACGAUGAUGAGGAUGUCUAUGGUAGCUUCAAUAUCAUCAUGCGACGUAAACCCAAAGAGAACAACUUUAAAGCUGUGCUCGAGACGAUUCGCGAGCUUAUGAAUACCGAGUGCGUUGUACCUGAAUGGCUCCAUGAUAUUAUUCUUGGCUACGGAGAUCCCAGUGCUGCCCAAUAUUCCAGAAUGGAGAAUGAGCUGGAUACGGUGGAUUUUAACGACACAUUUUUAGACAUUGAUCAUUUACGCGCAAGUUUUCCUGAUUACGAAAUUGUAACUGAUCAUCCUCCGGAAAAACUUGUCAGCCCCUUUUUACUCACAUUCGAAGAUGUCAUUUGCAAAAGAAAGAGAGAGGAACCACGUAAAGUCAUACGUGUUACACCACAUGUUCUGCCCAGCCGCGGACCUUUUAAAGCCAAUGAACCCAAAAAAAAUCAAAUUCCGUUCACGCCAACGCAAGUAGAAGCCAUUCGUGCGGGAAUGCAGCCAGGCUUGACGUUAGUUGUGGGUCCGCCUGGUACGGGUAAGACCGACGUGGCUGUGCAAAUCAUCUCGAAUCUUUAUCACAACUUCCCCAACCAAAGGACGCUCAUCGUAACGCAUUCCAAUCAGGCGCUCAAUCAGCUCUUUGAAAAAAUCAUGGCGCUUGACAUCGAUGAAAGACACUUGUUGCGUCUUGGUCAUGGUGAGGAAGCCCUGGAAACUGAAAAGGAUUUCAGUAGAUAUGGUAGGGUCAAUUAUGUUCUUGCCAAACGUCUAGAUUUAUUACAAGAAGUGCAAAGGCUACAGGAAUCCCUCGGAGUUCAGGGAGAUGUAGCGUACACCUGCGAAACAGCGGGUUACUUUUUCACAUACCAAAUAAUGACGAGGUGGGAGCGUUUUCAAUCGAAAAUAAAGCAAAAAGUCGGAAGUCAAGAAAUUGACAACGUACCUGCUUCAGCUGUCAGUGACGAGUUCCCGUUCCAUAGAUUUUUCGAUAACGCACCACAGCCUCUAUUUAAACAAAGCUCUUAUGAAGAAGAUUUGGCGAUCGCAGAAAGUUGUUACAGAUAUAUCGAAAGGAUAUUUACUCAGUUGGAAGAAUUCAGAGCAUUUGAGUUGCUGAGGUCAGGACUCGAUCGAUCUAAGUAUCUUCUUGUGAAAGAAGCAAAAGUCAUUGCCAUGACUUGUACUCAUGCAGCCUUGAAGCGCCGGGAGCUGGUAGACAUGGGAUUCAAGUACGACAACAUUCUCAUGGAAGAAUCUGCCCAGAUCCUAGAAAUCGAAACAUUUAUUCCUUUGCUCCUUCAGAAUCCACAGGACGGUUUCAAUCGCCUGAAGCGCUGGAUUAUGAUCGGAGAUCACCAUCAGUUGCCUCCAGUCAUUAAGAACAUGGCCUUCCAAAAGUACUCUAACAUGGAGCAAUCGUUGUUUGCUCGUUUUGUGCGUUUAAAUGUACCCACUGUCGAUCUUGAUGGACAAGGUCGUGCCAGGCCGAGUAUCUGUAAUCUGUACAACUGGCGGUACAAGAAACUCGGCAACCUCCAGCACGUGGAAGAUAGCCCCGAAUAUUUGAUAGCCAAUGCCGGUUUUCUGUACGAUUUUCAGCUCAUUAACGUUGAGGACUUUAACGGAGUGGGCGAGAGCGAGCCUAGCGCUUACUUCUAUCAGAAUUUGGCCGAAGCAGAGUACUGCGUUGCCGUGUUCAUGUACAUGCGACUCCUCGGUUAUCCAGCAGACAAAAUCAGUAUACUCACUACGUAUAAUGGUCAGAAACAUUUGAUUCGGGAUGUUAUAAACAUCAGAUGUGCCAAUAAUCCACUGAUAGGCCGACCCGCCAAAGUCACAACAGUCGACAAGUACCAGGGUCAACAAAAUGACUACAUUCUUUUGUCCCUCGUCAAAACCAGAGCAGUUGGUCACUUGAGAGACGCUCGACGUCUAGUUGUAGCAAUGUCUCGAGCUCGUCUCGGGCUCUACGUGUUUGCCAGAAUUUCGCUUUUCCAAAAUUGCUUCGAGCUCACACCAGCAUUCGACAAACUGAUGCGACGGCCGCUCAAUCUCAAAAUCAUUCCUACGGAAUCGUACCCAACAACGAGGCCGAAUGAUCAAGAGCCCUCAGAAACACCCAUGGAAAUUAUAGAUAUGCCGCACAUGGCCAAAUUUGUCUAUGAUUUCUAUCUCACAAAAGUCAACAUGAAGGAUGUUCCACAACAAAUAUGGCCAACGACAAGCGUCGAUGUCACGGAGUCAACAGAUCCGUACUACGAUCAUCCUGGAGCAGGUGAUUCCGAUGAUGAUAUGGAUGAAAAACCAGUAGUCCAAAAAUCAGCAGCAGAUGAUAAGACUGAGGAAAUGCCUUUGGAUAACAAUUCCGUGGGUGAUGUUCAAAAAGAAUCGGUCAUCUCUCCCAUUGAAAAUUUGGUUCCAGAAGCAAUGGAAGUAUCGCAAGAAACACCAGAGUCGCAGCAAUCCCAAGACGUGGUAGAGGAAGAAGAAGAUGAUGAUGAUGAUGAUGACGAUAGAAAAGAGGUUAAAGAGGAUACACAGAAUGAAAAGAAAGCAGAAUAAAUAAAUUAAUAAAGUUUUUUUAUUUUAAA